UGCAGGGAGCGCUCCAAUCAGAGCACUAUCAGCCCCAGCUCCCAGAUACCUGAUGCCAGCUUUGCUGGUAAUGUAGGCCACCGAAGCAAAUCCAGAGAGAUUGAGUUGGAAGUGGAGAGAGGCUCUGAGAUCUAUUUGCUUGGCUUCCUGACGACAGGGGGAGGGGGGUGUCUAACUUCUUUUUUUCUUCUCCACUAUAAACGGGAUAUCAUUCAAGAGGGAUCAUUAGCUGAGAGCAGCCCAGCUGGGUCAAGGCUGGGAGGCGGGGAGGCAGCUGCAAGCAGCGAAGCAAGGUGGAGGCACGAAGACAGAAGACCAGGUUAAUGAAAGCAUGAGGUGGCUCCUAGGCAGCAGCUGGAGAAAAUUCGGACAUGCUGACAGGGGAAACUAUGACUGGCUGAACAGCGAAUCAGGUGGGGCACUCCUGGAAACAGAGCUUCAGAGCAGACAACAGACAAGUUCAACCAAAGAUGACAUAGAACCAUUUCUGUUCAUCAUACUACCUGCCACCAUGAUGCUCUUCCUGGCAUUCCUGCUGCUCUUCCUGUACCACCGUUGCCAGCACCCCACUCCUCAGGGGCAGAUCUUCAGCAUUGACCUCCCUGAGGCCCUGCCUGAGCACGAUGUGUCCAAUUUACUUUCCGUGUUGCCCUGGAACAGCGAACAGAGUUUCCAAUACUCCACUCUGGUUCCUGAUGCCACACUGCUCAGUGUGUGUUUGCCCCCAUCAUAUGAGGAGGCCACCAUGAAGACUUCCACAGAUGAGGCUCACAUUGAGCUCUCUCCAGAUCCAGUGCCUUCAUAUGAAGAGAGCAUGCUGCAGUCCAGCACCUCCAAAUAAACUUCCUACGGAAGCACCUUAGCUGAAGCAUGCAGCCCUUCAAGGCACAAAGGUAGAAUUGUAAUGGCCUUUAAAAUCAGCAUAAAUAUUCCAGAUGAGGCACCAAACUAAUGACUUAAUGAAGGAAGAAUCUUGGAGUUACAGGGAAUGAGUCUCUUCUCAUCCUAGGAGUCUCUGUCUUCCACUUGUGGCAAGCAUACACACAUAGAGUAGCACCAGACAAUCCCAGACUGGUAACAUGGAUAUUCCAGUUAACAACGAAUGUCAUGCAGGGAUUCAACUUAAGGACAGGUGGGAAUAUGUC